AUGCUCCCCACGGACGAGCCCCUGUCCCACCUGGGCCCCUCACUGCUGCUGUUGCUGCAGCUGCAGCUACUGCUCCCCCCCGCAUCUGCCUUCUUCCCCAAUAUCUGGAGCCUUCUGGCUGCCCCCGGCUCCAUCACCCACCAGGACCUGACCGAGGAGGCGGCGCUCAACGUCACCCUGCAGCUCUUCCUGGAGCAGCCGCCCCCAGGUCGGCCCCCCCUUCGCCUUGAGGACUUCCUGGGCCGCACCCUCCUUGCCGACAACCUCUUUGCCGCCUACUUUGGACCUGGGUCUCCUUCCCGGCGGUUCCGAGCAGCCUUAGGAGAGGUGUCUCGUGCCAAUGCCGCCCAGGACUUCCUGCCGACUUCCAGGAAUGACCCUGACUUGCACUUUGACGCCGAGCGGCUGGGCCAGGGGCGCACACGCCUGGUGGGAGCUCUAGGGGAGACUGUGGUGGCAGCCAGAGCCCUUGACCACACCCUGGCCCGCCAGCGCCUCGGGGCUGCGCUUCAUGCCUUGCAGGAUUUCUACAGUCACAGCAACUGGGUGGAACUGGGGAAGCAGCAGCCACACCCUCACCUCCUCUGGCCAAGGCAGGGGCUGCAGAACCUGGCGCAAGUGGGCGAUCCUACCUGCUCCGACUGUGACGAGUGGAGCUGCCCCGGGAAUUUGCUGGGCUUCACACUCCUCACCUCUGGCUACUUUGGAACUCAUCCCUCCAAACCUCCAGGGAAAUGUAGCCAUGGGGGCCAUUUUGACCAGAGCAGCUCCCAGCCACCACGGGGAGGCAUCAACAAGGAUAGCACAUCCCCAGGCUUCUCCCCCCACCACAUGCUGCACCUCCAGGCUGCAAACCUGGCCCUUCUGGCCUCCAUCCAGGCCUUCAGCCUCCUACGAAGCCGCCUGGGAGACAGGGGUUUCUCCAGGCUUCUGGACAUCACCCCAGCCUCCAGCCUGAGCUUCGUCCUGGACACCACAGGCAGUAUGGGCGAGGAGAUCAAUGCCGCCAAAAUCCAGGCUCGCCACAUUGUGGAGCAGCGACGGGGUGGCCCCAUGGAGCCCACCCACUAUGUCCUGGUGCCUUUCCAUGACCCAGGGUUUGGCCCCGUCUUUACAACCAGUGACCCUGACAGUUUCUGGCAACAACUCAAUGAGAUACAUGCCUUGGGAGGUGGAGAUGAGCCCGAGAUGUGCCUGUCAGCCCUGGAGCUGGCCCUGCUGCACACACCUCCACUCUCAGACAUCUUCGUCUUCACUGACGCCUCCCCCAAGGAUGCCUUUCUCACCAAUCGGGUGGAAUCUCUGACUCAGGAGCGGCGUUGCAGAGUCACAUUCCUGGUGACUGAAGACCCAUCUAGGGUUCAGGGCCGACCUCGGCGUGAGGUCUUGUCCCCUCUGCGUUUUGAGCCGUAUGAAGCGGUGGCGCUGGCCUCAGGAGGAGAGGUGAUCUUCACCAAAGACCAGUACAUUCAGGAUGUGGCAGCCAUUGUUGGGGACAGCGUAUCUGACCUGGUGACCCUUCCCCUGGAGCCUCCUGUUGUGGUGCCUGAGAGGCCACUUGUGUUCAGUGUGGAUGGGCUGCUCCGGAGGGUCACAGUCCGGAUCCAUGGGGAGGUCAGCAGCUUCUGGAUCAGAAACCCUGCAGGGGUCUCCCAGGGCCAGGAGGAAGGUGAGGGGCCUCUAGGUCAUACUCGCCGCUUUGGGCAGUUCUGGAUGGUGAACAUGAAUGACCCCCUGCAGACAGGAACCUGGGAGAUCCAGGUCACAGCCAAGGGUACCCCCCGGGUGAGAGUGCAAGCCCAGACCUCCCUGGAUUUCCUCUUCCACUUUGGGAUCCCCAUGGAGGAUGGACCCCACCCUGGCCUCUACCCCCUGACUCAACCAGUUGCAGGUCUCCAGACCCAGCUGCUGGUAGAAGUGACAGGGCUGGGCUCCAGAGGAAACCCUGGAGAUCCUCUGCCGCAUUUCUCCCACGUCGUCCUUCGAGGGGUCCCGUACGGUGCCGAGCUGGGCCGGGUGCCUCUGGAGCCCAUGGGACCCCGGGAGCGAGGUCUCCUCGCUGCCUCGCUACCGCCCGCGCUUCUGUCCACCGCGGGACCCUUCUCUCUGGAGCUGAUUGGCCAGGACGGAGUGGGGCAGGGCCUGCACCGGGCGGCCCCCCAGCCCUGUGCUGUAGUUCCUGUCCUUCUGGAGCUCAGUGGUCCCCCGGGUUUCCUGGCGCCGGGCACCGAGGCCCCGCUCAGCCUCCGCAUCGCCAGCUUCUCGGGCCCUCAGGAUCUCGAUCUUAGGACAUCCGUCAACCCCAGCUUCGCUCUCACCUCCAACCUCUCCAGGGUUCGCCUGGAACAGAACGAGUCCGCCUGGGGGUGCCUGUGGCUGAAGGUACCAGACACAGCCGCCUCAGACUCCGUGGUGAUGGUGACUGUGACCGCGACGGAUCGAGAAGCCAGCACAGUACCCCCGGCCCAUGCCUUCCUCCGGCUCCUGGUGUGGGGCCCCGCCCCGCAGGACCAGCUCCCUGCCCCUGUCCACUCGACUGACCCUGUCCUCACAACCACCAGCCCUGCCUUUCAUCUUUCCACCUUGGUGACUCCAGGCAGGGCUGGGGGAGGGCUGGUGGGCAACCCCUGGUGGGGCACAGUUGGAGCCGUGCUGCUCCUUCUAGGCCUGGCCUCCUGGUGA